AUGGAUGACAAGAUCGACCACGCGGACACCAACAAGGGCGUCUACGCCGACAAUGUCGAAAACCAGCCUCAGGCGCAUGAUCCUAAUGCGCCGCGUGUCAUGGACCCGGCUCAUCGCGCCGCCGUUGAGAAGAGCAUGAAGCGCAAGCUCGAUCUCCGUUGCUCUCUCUUCGUGCUCAUCUACAUUCUCAACUACCUCGACAGAAACAAUAUUGCUGCUGCCCGCCUCAAGGGUCUGCAAGAUGAUCUCCAGCUCAACAACACCGAAUACGCCACCUGCUUGAGUAUUCUCUACGUCGGCUACAUUCUGAUGCAGGUUCCAUCCAACAUGAUUGUUAAUAAGAUCUCUCGCCCUUCGCUGUACAUUGCUGCCGCUAUGUUGGUCUGGGGUCUUAUUUCUACUCUGUCUGGUGUCACCACGAGCUUCGGCGGCAUGGUUGCGACCCGUUUCUUCUUGGGUUUCAUCGAGGCCGCGUUCCUCCCUGGUGCCCUCCUGAUUCUUUCAAAGUGGUACACGCGUCGUGAACUCACUACUCGCAACGCCAUCUUGUUCUGCGGAAACCUCAUCUCUAACGCAUUUUCGGCUCUCGUCGGUGCUGGUGUUCUUUCGAACAUGCAGGGCGUUCUUGGACACUCAGCCUGGCGAUGGCUUUUCUGGAUCGAGGGAGCCGUCACCAUGGCCGUUGCCAUUUCCGCCGCCUUCAUCUUGCCCGACCUCCCCACCAACUCCAAGGGCUUCACUGAGGAGGAGCUCUACGUUGCUCAGCUGCGUAUGACUGAGGAUGUUGGUGAGGCCGAUGCCGACUCUGCUGAAAUGGGCCCCAUGGACGGUCUCAUCAUGGCUGUGAAGGAUGUCAAGAUCUACGUUAUGAUGCUCACCUUCACUGCUUACGUUGUCGGUCUCUCCUUCAACGCCUUCUUCCCUACUCUCACUGGCACUCUCGGUUUCGCAUACGUCCCGACCUUGCUCAUGAGCGCUCCCCCUUGGGCUUUCUCCUGCAUUAUCUCCCUCAUCAACGCUUGGCACGCUGAUCGCUGCCAAGAGAGAUUCUGGCACAUUGUUGGCCCCAUUUGCGUCGGCAUGGUUGGUUUCAUCAUCUCCAUGUCGACGUUGAACGUCGCUGCUCGCUACAUCGCUCUCUUCCUCCAGGCCAGUGCCUAUGCUGGAUUCAUCGUUUUUUACUCCUGGAUCUCGUCCUCGUUCCCUCGUCCUCCCGCUAAGCGCGCUGUCGCCAUCGCCAUGAUCAACGCCUUCUCCCAGCUCGGAAACGUCGCUGGCUCCUAUGUUUGGGAUCUCAAGGAGAAUGGUUACCGCAAGAGUUACGGUAUUGUCACUGCCAUGUUCGGUGUCACCAUCGUCGGCUGCUACAUUUUCAAGGUCAUCCUUGACAACCUCAACAAGCAGUUGGAGGCUGGCGAGCGUGAAUGGGAGGUUCACGGUGACGUCGCGCAGCAGACGGCUGACGUCACCAAGACUGAUGAGAUUGAGGCCGCUCGCAUGAUGGGCAAGGGCUUCAGGUACCUCGUCUAA